AUGGCAACUUACUUUCUGACGGGGGCCAACCGGGGCAUUGGCCUGGAAUUCGUGCGCCAACUCGCUGCAAAACCAUCAAACACCAUUAUCGCAGGCGUCCGCUCCAAAUCAGGCGACAUCUCGGAACUAGAAAGCCUGAACAACAACUCAAACAUCCAUAUCAUCGAAUGCGAUGUCAGCUCCCUCGAUUCUCUCUCCAGUAUCGAGUUUCGCGUCGCAGAGAUCCUCACCAAAACCGGUGCUAGCCUGGAUUUCCUCUUUAAUGUCGCUGGGAUCAACGCAACGAGCACCGAUACAAGCUUGACUCUUGACCCAAAGAGUCUAAACGAGCACAUGCAGACCAACGUUCUGGGCCCCGCCAAAAUCGUCGAGAGCCUGAGAAAGUCUCUAGCGAGAGGCGCGACCGUGCUGAACAUGAGCUCGGGAUUAGGUAGCUUGACGGUUGCGACAGACGUGACGAAAUGUUGUACCUACAGCAUGAGUAAGGCGGCGUUGAAUAUGUUGACAUUGCACCAAGCGAAAGAUUUGAAGGCGAACGGGAUCAAGGUCAUUUGCAUGGAUCCUGGUUGGGUGAAGACGAGAAUGGGUGGAAAGGGUGCGAUGAUCGAGGCCAAGGUCAGCGUGGAGAGUAUGUUGGAUGUGGUGGCUGGGCUCAAGGAGUCGGACAGUGGGAAAUUCUAUCGAUACGAUGGCGCGCCUGUACCAUGGUAG